CCAAAAUCUCCCAAAUCUCCAAAUGACCAUGUCGAAGCAAUAUGUAUUAUUACCACCUUAAACUAGACCUCUACACAGACACAAAUCCUUUACCAGAACAAAACAGUAGCAACAGCAGCAACAACACGCUUGAGUCUAUACAGCCUCCAUCGCAACCUAAAUUGCGGCAACAGCAACAGCAACAGCAACAACUACACCAACAUAGGCCAAGUGAAAAGCAAAAGCAAAAGCAAAAACAGGAGCAAAUUCAGGAACAAGAACAAGGACAAGGAAAGCUGACCCAGCCCAACAUAAUUGCACAGGCCGCUCGUUUCAGAGACAUACUCAAGCCCUUCCCACAAUUGAAGGCGAAACAGCAGCAACAGUCUGAUCAUAUUAAAAAAAGUGUCUUUGAAAAGACGGUUUCUACCAUUAGCAGUAGCAGUAGCAGUAGCAGUAGCAGUGCCGAUAAUAACAAGAACGCCAAUAGCGGUGGUGACGACAUCAACAGUAGCGUAACUCUCAAUCGACCAUUAGAUUACCGGUUUGGCCCUAUCCGGAUUUCAUAUUUAGACCAGUCCGACAGCUCGACAAUACCUACUGCUACCAAGGAGAAGACAGGCACAGGCACUUCCCCUAGGAAUCGGGUUUCAAAGAGUAAUAGCAAGAAGAUGGGUGCUUCGUCAUCACCAUCCUCAUUAUCAGCAGCAGCGGCAGCGUCAGGGGGAGGAAAGGGAACAGGUGCUAGGUUCCAAGAAAUAGAGCCAGCUCAAGGGAUCCUGCGUCUGUUCAAGGACACGAAUGAGAUCACGACUGGACAGAUUCUUAUUCAAUCUGGAGCAGAUCGGCAGACAGAGAAUGGAGAAGAAGAGGUAGCCAAAGAAUCUACAUCCACGUCAUCUGCAAAGACAACAGCAACAGAAGAAUCUACAACAUCAAGUGAGUGUGAUCGUGAUUUUGAGGGAGCCCAGAUAAUCCAUCCUGAUCAUGGAACGUGCGUCUGUGUGCUUGCAGUACCAAGCUACAUGUCACCGGGUGACUUCUUGAAUUUUGUGGGUCCUGUCCGAGCAGAUGUCUCUCAUUUCCGAAUCAUACGAGAUUUAGCUCCUAAUCGGUUCAUGGUGCUUAUGAAGUUUAGGACCAGAGAGACUACCUCCCAGUUCUAUCAACGAUACAAUGGCAAGGCAUUUAGUUCGCUUGAGCCAGAGAUUUGUCAUGUGGUCUAUCUCAAAUCCAUUGAGAUCCGACCGAUGUCAAUGCCUCCAUAUGCGUUCCCUUUCCUCAACGAUGAUCCGUUCUUACAGAACAACCAUCCUACAUCACCAACUUCAGCAGCCACAUCGACAUUAUUACCAUCAUCAUCAUCAUCAUCAGAAGCGUUGACAGCAUCUUUAACAACGGCUGAUAUUACACGAUCAGAUUUGGGAUCAGAUAUACAGACGCCAUCAGCAGCUCAAGAUCAAACUCAAUAUCAAACAUCCUCUAAUUCAAUUGACGCUACAGGACUAACUGAGCUUCCAACGUGUCCAGUCUGUCUGGAACGUAUGGAUUCAUCUGUCACAGGAUUGUUGACCAUCCUAUGUCAACAUACAUUUCACUGCCAUUGUCUUAGCAAAUGGAACGAGGGUAGCUGUCCGGUCUGUCGAUAUAGUGCAAAGGGCAUCAAGAAGCCUGCUAUUGGACCGACAGCAGGUACAGAUGGAGUAUCAGAGGAACAGAAUGUAUGCGCUAUCUGCGGGACGAGUGAAAAUCUAUGGAUUUGUCUGGUCUGUGGACACAUUGGAUGUGGACGAUAUCAAGAGAAGCAUGCGUACCAUCAUUAUUAUGAAACGGCACAUUUGUAUGCAUUGGAGUUGGAGACACAGCGCGUAUGGGAUUAUGCAGGCGAUGGGUAUGUGCAUCGGCUGAUCCAGAACAAGGCAGACGGUAAAUUGGUCGAAUUGCCAAGUGCGGCGGUGGUGAGUGUGGAUGGAGGAAUACGGUCUCAACAUGGUGGAGGAGGGGACGGUGGUAGGGGUGGUGGUGAUGUAGGUCAGGAGAUUGGGCAAGAAAAGUUGGAUGCGAUCGGAUUAGAGUACACAUACUUAUUGACGUCUCAGUUGGAAUCACAACGGCUCUAUUUUGAUGCACAGAUUGCAGCGAUGACCACACAGCUGACACAGCUGGAUAAGGAAGCAAAAGAAUGGGAGAAGGAGGCAAUUUUGUUGGACCAAAAGAAUCGAGAAUUGACAAUGAUUGCAGAAUCGUUGGAGAAGGAGAAAAUACCGAUGUUGUUGAAGGAGAAGCGAGCUGCGGAGAAGCGAUUAGAGAAAUUACAAGAGAAGUUACAGAUAUUGGAACGACAGUAUGAGGAAGAAAAGGAGAUGAAUGUAGGGUUGAGGACGAACCAAGAGAGUUUUAAAGCAAAGUUGCAGGCCAAAGAAGCAGAGAUCCAAGAAUUGGAGGAACAAGUAAGGGAUAUGAUGAUCUAUUUGGACACACAACAAAAAAUAGAAGCGAGUCCGAUGAAGGAUGAGCUGGUCAAUGGGACCAUUGAGGUAGCGACAGCGCCGGCUCCUCAUAAUAAUAGUAGUAGUCAUGGCGCCAAUGGAUCAUCGACGUCUUUAUCUUCAGCCAAUCAUUCUCGACGGAAAGGCGGCCGUCGAUAA